AUGAAGUGUGUAGAAAACGCUGAAUGGCAAAACAGAACAACCGUCACCAAUUUCGUCCUCCUAGGGUUUGGCAAUGUUGAGGACUUGAAUGUUCUCCUUUUCUUAUUAUUUCUAGCGAUCUACCUUGUGACUCUGUCAGGCAAUCUUCUCAUUGUUGCCCUAGUGAUGGUUGAACAUCACCUCCAUACACCAAUGUACUUCUUUCUGGCAAAUCUUUCCUUUUUGGAAUCUUGCUACACUUCAACAAUAUUACCAAGAUUGCUGGCCAGUUUCAUCACAAGGGACAAAACCAUUUCCCUUUGGGGCUGCGUUCUCCAGAUGCAUUUCUUUUCUAUUCUGGGAGCUACCGAAUGCUACCUCUUGGCGGCCAUGUCAUACGAUCGCUAUCUAGCCAUAUGUAAACCUUUGCAUUAUGCCACACUUAUGAAUGGGAAAAUUUGUAUCUUGCUUGUUUCAGUAUCGUGGCUAUUUGGGUCGCUGCUUAUAACCAUCUUAACAUGUUUGUUGUCACGACUUGACUUUUGUAACCAAUGUACAAUUGACCACUUCUUCUGUGAUUUCACCCCUAUAGUUCGACUUUCCUGCAGUGACACUCAAGUGGUUGAAAUGGCAGCUUUUAUAACAUCUUCGAUAGGGAUUCUGCCUACAUUUCUCAUAACUGUGACAUCCUAUGCUUUUAUUAUUAUAACAAUCCUGAAAAUCCCCUCCAUCACCAGAAGACAAAAGGCGUUUUCCACCUGUUCCUCCCACCUCACUGUAGUUUCCAUUUUUUAUGGAUCCUUAAUAUUUGUCUAUGUCUUGCCAACAACUGAGAAAUUCAAAGAUCUCAGUAAGUUUUUCUCUUUCUUGUAUACAGUCCUUACUCCGAUGGCCAAUCCUUUCAUAUACAGCCUGAGGAACAAAGAAGUAAGGAGCAGUCUUAGGAAAAACAUUGUCUUCAUUCUGGGGGGUUUCUGGGAUACGUAG